AGUAGUAUCCUUAUUUGCAUUCCAAACAUUUUGCCACUUGAUACUCAACUCUUAUACAUGAUUAAUCUAGAAAAUUGCAUUGAUUAUUUGCAAAGUAGUGGUUCAUUUUACAAAUUAGAUACAAACUUCGAUUUAAAUGUCUUAGAUUUUCAAAUUAAAAGCAAUUAGACAUUUCAUCAUCCGGAUUACAAUAAUCAGAUACUCCUUCAAUUAAUUAUAAAUCGAAAUUCUAAUCGAUAUAAUACACGUCAUUAUCUAGACUUAAUCUUUCCUACUUACGAUAAGCAUCAUCUGAAAUAGUAAUUUUUUCAGUUACAUAGUCUGUUUUACACACAGGACUGAUAUACCAACUGUUAAGAUCAAACAAACAAUCAAC